AUGAUCCCAAUAAGCUCUGCUAAAUUAAAUAGCAAGUUGGCAUCCAGAUCGCUUCUAAAUGAAGGACGAUCUUACAAAAAACAUUGCGUGUGUCUGUUGCUGGGAAUGACACUUGGAGUUUUCUUAGCUGGAAUUAUUUUUAACUCUUUGCUGCCUAAUGAAAAAUACAAGAAUAACACAAAGAGCCUAAUGAAAGUAAUUAAACUAGAGGUGCCACAAAAUCUAACCAGCACUGCGGCAUCGAGUUCAAUUGAAAUAACCAAUAAGUUAGAAGAUAAAUUGGGAAUAAAUAAUACUCAAGCGCCACAAGUGGAAUUAAAUAAGAGCAAUGAUAGUUUAAGUGUGUAG